UCAGCGAAUCGACGGUGGAUCAUCACGGUCAUGCAUCCAUGAGCACGGCUAUGGCGACCGGAAUCAAAUAGGGCUAUGGCGGCCGCGCAAAGAAACUCGCAUUCCUGACCCACGCCACGGGAGUCGCCGGUCGGCAUUUGCCAGGGAUUGGACGGAUCGGCGCCGUGCACCGCGGAAAAUCGCAAGAUCCGUCGGUGAUUCUCGCAGCUGGGGCCGCGAUUUCGCUCGCUUCUACCGCGGCCGAAGGUAACCUAGGAUAUUUCCGCGGAGUUCCUCGGAUUUCUUCCACUUCUUCGUCGUCGCCGUCGCCGUCGCGAAUCAUCAAUCUCGAUGAGGCUGGAGGAGGAAGAAUGAGCUUGGAUUUCCAUGGCACGGGCUCCAGCAGUGGCAUUACAGCAGGAAGGUGUUGUGAGCAGCACGCCCUCGAGAUCGCGUAGUGUGACGGAGACGAAGAAUGGGUCGCAUCAUUUUACGAUCAACGGAUAUUCGCUGGCCAAAGGCAUGGGCGUUGGGAAGUAUAUAGCCAGCAACACUUUCACGGUCGGCGGCUACCAGUGGGCGAUUUACUUCUAUCCAGAUGGGAAGAACGCCGAGGACAAUUCUCUUUACGUCUCGGUGUUCAUCGCGCUCGCCAGCGACGGCACCGACGUCCGGGCGCUGUUUGAGCUCACGCUGGUGGAUCAAAGUGGGAAAGGCAAGCACAAAGUCCACAGCCAUUUUGAUCGAUCUUUAGAGGGAGGUCCCUACACUUUGAAGUACCGCGGCAGCAUGUGGGGAUACAAGCGUUUCUUUAGGCGAGAGGCGCUGGAGAUGUCGGACUAUUUGAACAACGACAGCCUUGACAUAACGUGUACCGUUGGCGUCGUCAUGUCGUGGACACAAGUCACAAAGAUCUAUUCUAUCCAGCCACCGGAGCAGGAUAUUGGUAAGCACUUUGGAGCUCUUUUCGAGAGCGGAGAGGGCGCCGAUCUCACCUUUGACGCGGACGGGGAGACGUUCAAGGCUCACAAGCUUGUGCUUGCGGCCCGAUCUCCUGUUUUCAAGGCGCAGCUUAUGGGGCCCCUCCGGGAGCGCACCAGUGAUGUUCUACGAGUAGAAGACAUUUUAGCUCCAGUCUUUAAGGCAAUGCUACAGUUCAUGUACACGGACGCUCUUCCUGACACGGCCGAGCUCUCGGGAGUUUCGUCCUCCUCGUCCCCGACUCUCCUCUACCAGCACUUGCUAGCAGCCGCCGAUAGAUACGGACUAGAUCGCUUGAGACUCCUGUGCGAGGCCAAGCUCUGCGAGACCGUGAGCGUGGACACAGUGGCGACAACGCUGGCUCUCGCGGAGCUCCACCACGCUUCCCAGCUCAAAGGAGUGUGCCUGAAGUACGCCGCGGACAAUCUCUCGGCCGUGAUGCAAUCCGAGGGAUACGACUAUCUCCGCGAGAGCUGUCCAGUGCUGCUGUUUGAUCUGCUCAAGACUGUAGCUGGAGUAGGGAAAGAUUUAUUCGUGGGAAGUGGUGGUAAAGGUGGCUACAUUUGGGGCCAACUCUCCGACGGUGGCGACGUGAAUGGUAGAAGAGUGAGGCAAAAAACGUGAAAGUGCAAAAAAAAUCCAUCCAAACAUUGAGCAGUCAAUGUCUCGCUAGUCAAGACGAUGGUCAAAUGUUUGUUGACCGGAUCUAUACAUAAAGCCUUUAGGUUCAUUUA